AAAUACCAGUGCUCCUUGAAGACUUUUCCGGUAACAUAAUCACAUUAUCAGUAUUACCGUUCCACUAACCAACAGAUAUCCCAAAGAAAUUUUUACCAAAUAUCCCUUAGAAAUCCUUCUCUCAUAGGAAACAGAUUAUUUAUACGCCUCCAAAUUCCGAUCAAACAUAAAUAUCUACUCCUCUCUCCCACUCUCAGUGGGUUCUAUUUGCCCCUUGAACCUCUAGGUCAUUGAAAUCUCUAUUGGGUAUUUAAAGUUUCAAUCUUUUACGCAUAAUUUUUCUGGGGUUUCUUACUGUGGUACUUUUGCUGGAUUGCAUUGAUGAUGAUUCUCAGGGUUGUUGAUCACAAAAACUAUUGGUUUAUGUGACAUCUUGGAUAGGGGAGGUUAAGUCAUUAGACUUGCUUCUGUGUAUGAAAAGCAGCAUAGAUACUUACGUUCAACAUGGAUAAUGGAAACAAAUGUAUCACAUGGGCAGGCAACUUAUACCAGAAAUUUGAAACUAUGUGUGUAGAAGCGGAUGGUAUCAUCUGUCUGGAAGCGUCAGCAUGUCUACAAGACACAGUGCAGGGAGUUCAAAAAUUCUUUUCAGCAGUCAUGGAAGAUGUGCUUCCUUCAUUGUCACAGGGUAAAGUGAAACAUUCUGAACCUGUGGUAGGCGGAGAGGAUGUUGAUGUCAAAAACCAUGACAGUUUAGAUAUACAUGUUGGGGAAGAUCACUCUGGGAAGGAGCUCCUCCAUUCAUCUUUGGUUGAUUCUGAUUCAGUGGAGGUCACUCAUUCUGGUUCCUUUUCUGAGCAAAUUUCUGAUAGUGGAGCAUGCAGAGAGUUGAAGGUUAUUGUCAAUGGAAAUGAUGGUCAUAUCAAGAAGGAAGAAAUUCAGCAGAAGACAGGAUGCAACUCUUCCAUGGAAACAGGAGAGAGUAGUUGCUCAACUUCUAGUUCAAGCUCCAUACCAUCUUCUGUUUCUGAAACUUUGAUUCUUUCCUGUAAGAGUCAACUUUCAGAUGCUGGUUUUACUCUUGUCAACUCCUUGGCAGAACCAACUAAAGAAGCCAGUGAUAAUGUUAUUGACAUGUCACAACUGAAAGAUGUUCAAUCCCUUGGUAAGGCGAAUCUUGAAGAAAGUUGUGUUAUUGUAGAUGGUAGCUUGCUUCACUCUCUCUUCUCUGAAGUAGGAAGACACAGCUUUUACAAGAGUGCCACUCGUGCAAAAAUGAGGAUAAGGAAGCGGCCCUUUGCAAAAUGUCGUGAGGAUGGGAAUCUUGAUGUAGGAUCCAAUGAACAGCAAGGAAAUAGUUUCCAACAAUCUUUUCUUACAAUUGAGUCUGAAUCACCAGAGCAGGAGUUCUCUGAUUCUGACUGGGAGAUAAUUUGAGAACUUGCUAAAAUUGUCUGCAGAUUACUCAAGAGUUAGAUUGCACUGGCUUUACCACCCAUCAGGGUAUUAGUAUCUUAUGAAACCUUGUUCGGAAAUCCAGUGUUUUCUCUUUCUGGGACCGUGUUAAAUCCAAUCUUUUCUCUUUCUGGGACUGUGUUCCUCUUGUUGAAUGCCGGGAUUUUUGUUAAGUUUGUAAUUGGUGGUAGUCUGUAGUCAGCUUCAUAAUUACCAGUUGUGUCUCCUGCAUGUUUAUGACUUUUCUACUAUUUUGUUUUUAAAUAAAGAGGCCUAAGCGGG